AUGCUUUUCCUCCCAGCUGCUGCUCUGUGCUGUCUGUGUUCAGCGCUGGUUGCCAUGGCAGCACAGCUGAUUCAGGACGAUUUAACAUUGACCAGGAGAGUUGAUGGAGACGUCUCCUUCAGCUGUCGAGGAACUGAACAGUGUGACAGCAGCCUCCCAUAUGUAUUCUGGUACCAGAAGAAAGACACAGAAACAUUCAUAAGGAUUCUACUCAUUAAGCUGAGUGAUUGUAGUAUAGCUAACACUUACGAUCAUCCUCAGGAAGAUGAUUUUUCAGUUGUAAAUAAUCAGAACGGCUGUGAGUUGAAGAUCCAGAAAGUUAAACUCCUUCAUUCAGCCACCUACUACUGCUCCUGUUGGAAGAGAGAUCCCCACAGCUGGUAUCACCUGAUCUUUGGCUCUGGAACUAAACUGGUUGUAACAGAUGAGCAGGUAGUGAAGCCCGUGGUGAGCGUGUACCCAGCAGCAUCCAGAGCCCACCUGGAGGGGAGGAGCUCCCUGCUGUGUGUGGCCUCAGCCAUGUUUCCUCCUCUGGUCCGCUUCUCCUGGAAAAGACGAAAGGAGGAUCAGGAGCAGUGGCUCCCUGCUGAGGGAGAGCAGCUGGAGCUCACAGAGACGGGACGCACCGCCGCCAUCUUGCUGGUUGACGGGAACGCCACCUCCACGUAUAAAUACCGCUGCUCCGUCCAGCACGAGGGGGGCAGAGACGAGGUCCAAACAGAACAAGAGGUUCCAGCAGCUCCAGCAGCCUCCUGUCCUCCAGAGAGAGAGCCAGCAGACCUGCCAGCUCUGCAGCAAGCUGACUUGUCCUUCCAGUCUCAGUGCAGGGUGAAGCUGCUCUGUGUGCUCUACACAGUGCUGAUAGUGAAGAGUCUGGUGUACUGCUGUGGACUCUCUCUGCUGAGGAUCCUCUGAAACAAGGGACCGUCCACCAGCUGCUCACAUGCUGACUGACUGUUUCCUGCUCGCCUUUUCUCACCAUCAGAUCUCAUCAGUUCGUCUCAUUGAUCACUUUGAUCAGCAGUCACAAAUGUCAAUGUUCAUGUUUUGUGGUUGGGUGUAAAAUGAAUCUUUUGAUGCACAGGUUAGAUUCAGUCAUCCUACAUAUAUAAAUACGUAUAUACACAUAUAUAUCUGCAGUGACUGAGUAUAAAUUCUGUGGUAUAGUUUUAUUUUCAUCCUCUAGUUUAUUUCCACUUUGAAUUGUGACUUGUAUAAUAAUAGAACAUGAAGCUGAAUCAUUAGCUGUCUGCUAGAUAUUUGAUUGUUUUAGUAUUUGUCUCUUCUUGUCUUUCUUUUUAAUACAUUAUGCAGAGUGUGGCA